AUGGGCGAGUUCAUGGGCGAGAACGGCACAAAUCUGCUUCAACAGAAAGUGACUGAACGAGCCCGCGUGGAGAAAGCGACACGCGAUGCAGCACUGGGGAACAAAUUCCACAAGCUGCCUGAUCCAACGUCAUCCAGAAGCGGCACACUGGUACACAACCUGUCGUCAAAGGAACUGACGAAGGAGCAAGCACAGGUUUUACGGCACGAAUCCUCAUUCAACACAGCUGACGCCAAACCUGUCAACAUGAUUGCAGCAAUGGAAUCGGUCAUUAAUCAGACGGAAGCGACGGGGGAGACGAAGAACCUUAUCGGACACCAAGUUACGUCCCUUCUUAUGACUUACAAGCCGCGCGAAACACUCACAAAGGUCUAA